UAGAAGCUAACGUGUCUAGCUUCAGUCAACUGCGUGGUGGCAAUGUAACGGCGAAAAUGACCUUCAAUUUCUACAGAAGCGAAUGGCAAACCCUUUUACAAUUACAGGAAACUUUCGAAAAUGGAACUCUGUUAAAUUCAAGAAUAGAAAUUCUCAGUUGCUCUGCCACGGAUGAAUAUUUCUGUACAGUUCCAACGAUUACUUCAGGAAGGGGAGGAGCAGAAUUCCUUCGAAUUUAUUUUAACCACCUUCCGUAUUACUCCGCUGGACUUCUCUAUGGCUAUACAGCAAUUGGUCGCAAAUUGGGCGGCUUCUCAUGGAAAUCUACAACACAAUAUAAAUCUAUUCAACAAGUUCUGUAUGUGGACCUCGGUUCACUUGAGCCCCUCACAAACUACAGUAUUCGCAUCUUUCCGCUCAGCUUUCUCGGCUACAGACUUGGAACUAAAGUAGAAGUUUUCCAAACUAAAGAGUCAGUUCCAAAUGUGGGCCCGAACAUAACCAGGGCCUUCAACACAAGCUCAACCAGUCUAUUUGUGUCUUGGAUUAACAGUAUCCCACCCGAAAGCUAUGUUGGUGUAUUGACUGGUUACCGAGUAAUUUGGUCUGAGCAACCGGGUUCCAAAAAUAAAAGAUUGCGUGAUCUUGGACUUGAUGCAGUUAACUUUACCAUAACAGGGUUGAAGGCAUAUGGAUUGUAUAAAGUUCAGGUAGCUGGGAGGACGAAUGGCGGAUCAGGAACUUCAAACGAUCGAUACGUGAGAACAGAUGAAGACGUACCAUCAGCGGGGCCUGAUGAUCUGACUGUCACCGUAAUAAACAGCACAUCCCUAUUGGUGGAGUGGAAGAAUGUUGAUGUGUGCUGCAGAAAUGGUGUCACUAGAGGAUAUCACGUGUUACUCACAGACCAUGAUCAGCAAAAGAUCGUCGCAAAUUUGACGCUAUUUGAAACUGUUUUCUCAAUUGGAUUCCACGAUUUACUUCCUUAUUAUGCGUAUAAAGUGUCAGUGAAAGCCUUAAACGUGAAGGGGGUUGGUCCCGCUUCCACAAAUGUAUCUCUGACUGGUGAAGGAGCGCCUGUUCAGCCUCCAGAUGUCACACUGGAAUUAAGCUCUGCCACCUCCAUUUCGAUUCAGUGGACGUUCAACAAUUCUGUCAGAAAUGUCUUGGGUGUAUUGUUAGGCUUUAAGGUUCGCUACAGAGCUGAAGGUGAUAACUUUGGUUUGGUGCAAACAAUUAAGGCCCAAGAAUCGUCCCUGACUUUGGAUAGCCUUUCACCUUAUACUACUUAUAACAUAAAAGUGGGUGCAUUUACGAAGGCUGGUGAGACAAAAAGCAACGCUCUGAUCGCUCGCACUCUAGAAGACGUACCAGGAGCUCCACCUGUAAAUGUGUCGGCAACCAAUUCAAGUACGCUUGCGAUAAAAAUUCAUUGGGGACCAAUUGGAGUUGAAUUGCGCAACGGUAUCAUCCUGGGUUACCGUAUCGUGGUUGGGAUGUUGAACUCAACUUUACAGCAUACCUUUACAGCUUCAUCAAACCAAACAGAGCUGCUUAUCAAAAACUUAGAAAAAGGGAGAACUUACCGAAUCUCAGUAGCAGGGUUUACUUCGGUUGGAAAUGGACCACAAAGUGCGCUGGUCUUUAUCAAAACUGACGAAGAGGAUAUCGACGAGUGUAGUUCCAAUCCUGCAUCCUGUCCAUAUGGAGAAACUUGUGUAAAUGGCGAGGGAUCCUUCUUCUGUCUGAAUACAACGAAUGACAGAGAUGGUUCCUCAUGUGUCUUUGGAUCUCACGUCAAAAUACUGAACAUAGACAAGAAAGUAAACACCACAACAAAGUUGACAAAAUUAACCCGAACCCUGUUCAACACAGAAGUAAACACCAAUUGCAGCUUGUUGAGCUUUCAGUGGAGAGUUUCUAAUGUGACCUCUCUGCCAUUUAGUGUUGGAACAACGUACUCUAUUACAAUUGGUUUGGGUGCUGAAUUAGACGAUUUCUCUUCACUCGGCGUUGGAAUAUAUUUGGUCGAGUUCAUUGCUCAUUCUCAAGAGUUUUAUUUCCUUGAUUAUGGCUUCAUAGAAGUCCUCCCUUCUACACCCGUUGCAUUCAUUGCUGGCGGACCAGAAGUAUCGAGGGAACACAACUCCAACAUAACGCUGGAUGGGUCUCCAUCUCGUGAUUUGGAUAUUGGUAAAGGAUCAUAUGAAGGCUUGACAUUUGAGUGGUCGUGUAAGAGAGAAGAAGAAACGUUCCAUGAUGAAUCUGAUAGUUCUAACCGAACAGUUAUCGGGAGAGAUGCCGCCAGUAGAGGAUGUUUUGGCAAUGAAGAGCAAAAACUGAAAGAUACUGGUAGAAUAGUUUUUUUGGACACCAGCUCAAUGCAGAUAAACAAAUAUUAUGAUAUCAAGUUAACAGUCAAGAAGAGAGAUCUCAGUGGGACCUUUGUGCAGCGAGUCGAGAUUGUCGAUGGAACUCCUCUUUAUGCUGAAAUAGAUUGUCUUAUGAAUUGUGGAUUGGAGGCAGAAAGUAUCGUCUGA